AUGGCAUCAGACACCGCCACCGCUUCAUCGGCAUCAGACACAGGUACCCCCUCACUUAGGGCAUCAGACACUGCCACCGCUUCUUCGGCAUCAGUCACAGCUUCCCCAGCUCCGACGGCAUCAGACACUGCCACCGCUUCAACGGCAAUAGCCAUUACAACCGGCGCUGUUACUACCACGGCUCCAUCUUCUGUAGCUCAAACAACUUUUGCAGCUACUACCACGACUCCGAUAACUACCGUAGCCAUUACAACCCGAACCGAUGCUUUUUCUACUGCUGCUCCAUCUUCUGUAGCUCCAACCACCAUCCCAGCUACUACUACAGCACCAACAACCGAAUCCAUUACAACCGCUGCUGUUACAACCGCUUCUCCAUUUACAGUAGCUCAAACGAAUACUGCUGCCAGUACAGCACCAACGACGCUCACUAUGACCACUGCCACGGCUACUACCACAGCUUCAACUACUGUAGCUUCAACCACCACCCCAACUAUUACCUCAGCUUCAACGACCGUACCCGCAUCUGUUACAACCGCAGUUCCUUCUACUAUAGCUCAAACGACUGCUUCCGCUACUCCAUCGACCCCUGUUGUAACGACUGCCACAGCUGCUACCACAGCUCAGUCUACUGUAGCUCCAACCACAACCCCAGCUACUACUUCGGCCCAAACAACCAUAACUGCUUCUGUUACAACCACAGCUCCAUCUACUGUAGCUUCAACCACCACCCCAGCUAUUACCUCAGCUUCAACGACCGUACCCGCAUCUGUUACAACCGCAGUUCCUUCUACUAUAGCUCAAACGACUGCUUCCGCUACUCCAUCGACCCCUGUUGUAACGACCGCCACAGCUGCUACCACAGCUCAGUCUACUGUAGCUCCAACCACAACCCCAGCUACUACUUCGGCCCAAACGACCAUAACUGCUUCUGUUACAACCACAGCUCCAUCUACUGUAGCUUCAACCACCACCCCAGCUAUAACCUCAGCUUCAACGACCGUACCCGCAUCUGUUACAACCGCAGUUCCUUCUACUAUAGCUCUAACGACUGCUUCCGCUCCUCCAUCGACCCCUGUUGUAACGACUGCCACAGCUGCUACCACAGCUCCAUCUACUGUAGCUCCAACCACAACCCCAGCUACUACUUCGGCCCCAACGACCAUAACUGCUUCUGUUACAACCACAGCUCCAUCUAAUGAAGCUCUAACGACUGCUGCCACGACUACCACAGCUCCAACAACACCUGCUGUGAGCACUACCGCAGAUAUCACCUCAACUCUGCUGACUGAUGCACCUUCUACCGCUGUUAUAACUACUUUGGCUCCAACUACCAUAGCACCAACGACGAUCGCACCCCCUACCAUAGCACCUACGACCGUCCAAGCUACAAUCACUGCUGGAAUUACAACCGCAGUACCUUCGACGACCACAACAACUGCAUCUCCCACUACGACCGCAACUCAAACCACUGCAGCAGGCACGACCAACACGCCUACAGAGGGAUCAACUACCACUUCAGUCGCAAAAUCAACUGAAUUGACUACGACCCCUGUACCUACCACAACAACUACAACGACCACUACAACAACUCGGCCAGCAAUCAUACCCAACUGUGGCUUAAUAAAUGGAAAUAGAAUUUCAAAAUGCUGCACUCCUGUUGCACCACAGCUGCUUGCUUUCAACAGAACUGAAGUCAGAACCUGCAGAUCAUCGAGAUUAAAAAUGAACGCUUUCAAUGUGUUGACAUUGACAAACCAACAAAAACCUAAAAAUAAUCCCAUUAAUUCCAUAAAUUUCAAUAACCCGUCGUUAAUAAGGGCUCUGGGAAGUUCAGCUUGCAUUGUGAAUUGUGUACUUGGAUCCAGGGGCGCUUAUAAAUCCGGAGUCCUGGAUUCAACAAAGUUAACAACACUUUUGACAGCAUCUAAUAGUCCCACGUGGACUCCUCUCAUAACUGAUGCAGUGAAAAAAUGUGUCUCAACUGUUGGUGCGCUCAACAUUCCAAAUUUUGUAAAUGGACGACAAGUUUGCGUUGGAAAAUACUUCAUUAUCAUGCAAUGUAUUCUGUCGGAAUUGAUUGCCAAAUGUCCAACUAGAGGAACUACUAGAUCUUGCAGAAAUCAAUACCAAGCAUUUGAUGGAUGCUAUGGCAGUCUCUUUACUCACGCUGUCUGGAAGCAGGUUGGUGUUAACCAGAAGAAAAACAAGGUGAAGAAAGUUAAAAAGGUGAAGAUGGACAAAGAUGAUAAAGAAACUGUUGUAAAUAAUGGUGAGGUGGUAAGCAAAAAGAAGAAGAAAGUCACAAAGGUAAAAAAAGUGAAGAAAGAGAAGGGAGAAAUCAAAGAUCAAUCAGGAAAAAAAGAGACCAAUAAGAAGGUAAAGAAUAAAAAAAAUAAGAAAAUAAAGGAAAAGAAGAAGGAUGUUAUGAAACUCAAACAAGAAAAUGGAACCAUAAAGAAAGUAAAGAAGGAGAAAAAAAAGAAAAAUCAACAGAUUGGCGGAAACGGGAUCAAGAAGCAAAAGAAACAAAAACAGAUCAGUGAAAAUCAAAUUAAAAAGGUUAAGAAAGUGAAAAAAGAAAAGAAGGAGAAACAACAAAAGCAGGAGAUUGGCGAAAAUGAUAUUAAAAAUGCUAAAAAAGAAAAGAAGGCGAAAAAACAGAAUGAAGCAAAUGAAUUAAAAAAGGUUAAAAAGGAAAAGAAGAACAAAAUUCAGGAGAAGAGUGCAAAAAGAGAAAAGAAAAGAAAAAAAGAAGGGAAGAAGGGAAUUAAAAAGGAUAAAAAGGUAAAAAAAGUGAAGAAGCAAAAGGGAGUAGGUGGAGAAAAGGAUGUUACGAAGGUAAAAAAGGCGCACACGCAAAAACAAGAGAACGGAGAAAAGAAAAUAAAAAAGGAAAAUAAAGCCAAGAAACAAAAGGCAGAAAAUGGAGAAAAGAAAAUUAAAAAGGUAAAAAAGCAAAAGAAAGCCAAGAAGCAAAAGGGAGAAGGCGGAGAACAGGAUGUUAUGAAGGUAAAAAAGGCGCAGAGGCAAAAACAUGAGAACGGGGAAAAGAAAAUUACAAAAGAAAAAGAAACCAUGAAACAAAAGGGCGAAAAUGGAGAAAAGAAAAUUAAAAAGGUAAAAAAGCAAAAGGAAGCCAAGAAGCAAAAUGGAGAAGGUGGAGAAAAGACACAGACGCAAAAACAAGAAAACAGAGAAAAGAAAUUUAAAAAGCAAAAGAAAACAAUGAAACAAAAGGGAGAAAACGGAGAGAAGAAAACUAAAAAGUUAAAGAAGAAAAAGAAAGCCAAGAAGCAAAAUGGAGAAGACGGAGAAAAGAAUGUUACAGAGGUAAAUAUGGCGCAGACGCAAAAACAAAAGGACGGAAAAAAGGGAAUUAUAAAGGAAAAAGAAGCAAAGAUACAAAAGGGAGAAAAUGGGGAAAAGAAAAUUAGAAAGGUAAAGAAAACCAAGAAGCAAAAUGGCGAAAAUGCAGACAACAAUAUUAAAAAGGUAAAGAAUAUGAGGAAGGAAAAUAAGGAGAUUGAAGAAAAUGGAAUAAAAAUAUUUCAAAAAGAAAAGAAGAAGAAGGAACAGAAUGAAUCAAAUGGAAAUGAAAAAUUCAAAAAGAUAAAGAUGGUGAAUCAACAAAACCAAAAGGGCGGCGAAGGGGACAUUAAUAUGGAAAAAAAGGCAAAAAAGGCAAAAAAGGAGAAGAAGUCAAAAGAUGAGAAAGGAGAAACGGAUUCAAAGAAAGCAAAAAAGGUGGAAAAGGAAAAGAAACAAGAAGAGGGGGAUGGAGAAAAUGGAAUUAAUAAGGUAAAUAUGGAGAAGAAUGGGAAUAAUAUAGAAAAGGACAACACAGAAAAGGAUUUUGCAAUGGCAAAAAAUGCAGAAAAUCAGAAGAAACAAAAAGGGCAGAAAAAAGAAAAUGAAAUUAAAAAGAGGAGAAAGGGGAGAAAAUCGAAGACACAAAAAUUAGUGAAUGGAGAAAAUGUAGCUAAAAAGGUAAAUAUGGAGAAGAAUGGGAAGAAGCAAAAUGUAGAGAACGUUAAAGUGGAUUUUAAAAAGACGAGAAUUGAGGUAAAAGCGAAGAAGCAAAGAGGAGAGAGAGAAGAAAAUGGAAUGACAAGGGUCAAAAAUGGAAAAAAGGCAUUGGAACAAAAAGGCAAGAACGAAGAAAAUGUGGUUAAUAAGGGAAAUAUGGAGAAGAAAGGGAAUAAUAAAAAAGCAGAAAACGGAGGAAAGGAUUUUAUAAAAAAUGGAAAUAUUGAUGGAGGAAAUAUUGAAAGGAAGAAAAUAAAACAAGGAAGCGAAAUAAAAAACAUUGAUCAUCGUAGGUCCAGUCUGAAAGAAAAAAGGAUUGAUACAAAUGAAAAGGAGGAUAAGAUUUUCGCUAAUAAGACAAGGCCAGAUUCAUCCGAGGUCCUCUCGACGGAGCGUACUUGACCGGACGGAAUCCUUUUUUAAAUUCUUCUUUAUAUUCAAAUUGGCCAAAAUACAUCCAAGCUCUCCUCGCAAAGAAAAAGGACGAAAUAAAAAAAGCAAGAAAGCAGUGUUAACAUCAAUGUACGAACUUGAAAAAACCAAAUAAAUAUAAAUAAAAAAUUA